CACCACAGGUGCGCCUCCCUCUCCCUCGAGACUCCAGCUCCCCAGCGGCCAUCCCUCCUUUCCCCCAAGUCCACGACCACUGCUGCUUCGAGGCCGAGGAUACCAUCGGGUAGUAGCUAGCUCAGGUCGGGGUCACAGUCCAGCAAUGCAAGGAGCCAAGGAGGGUGGUCCAGCCGAGAGAAGGAUGUUGCGAGAGGGGAUGAAGCGGCAGUUGCGUGGCCGUGUUGAACCGAGCUGGUUGCCAGAGCGGAUGGAGUGGUGGCUGCACGGAUUCCUUAUUGGAGGUGCCGUACCUUCAUAUCCUCUGCUGCAGCAGAUGCAGAUGGAGCACACCGUGGGAUAUCCCCAUCCACCACGGUCACUGCCGUCAAGGGCUUCUUCAUGGAUCUGGGACGCCAUGGACCUGCAGCUCCUCAAGGUUCUUGUACCCCAACCUCUCGGACCCCUUGAACGGGGAGGCGGCUUCGCUGAUGACGCGCGACAAGAAGGCAUACAACCAGAAAGUCCAAGAAUCUGAUGCGUGACGAUCAGAUGGUCAAAAAAGUGACAUUGUGUGACGAUCGGAUGGUUCUUCAAGCUCCCAGCAUGACGUACUCUCCAUCUCUUGUCUCUUUCGCACGGCGGGGCAGAGGGAUUUGGUCGAGGACCGCAGCAUCGGCGACCCAGGUACAAGCACGUGGCGGCGUGGCGGCAACUGGGAUGCACAUGAGGCUACUGUUCUUCUACCGGUUCACAGCGUCCAUGUGACACCGCCGAGCCCUUCAUUUGCGUCCUCCUGGGAGACCACCAUGCAGCACCAAGGUACUAAUUUCAGAAAGAUCAUAUGGGUGCAUACCAGUAUCAACUAUUAAGGGAGCAAAGUAAUUACUUGUCGUUCCUUAUUGUUGUGAAAGUUCAUAUUUAUUUGCUAUAUAGAUGCUCUUCAUAGACUAACUGUGGUUUAAAAUUCAAAAUCCUUUAUGUCUCUUUGUUAUUAUUUGGUUCAGUACCUGCUACGUUCCUAUGGCUGGCUGCCCUUAAGUAGUUAAAAAUAACGAUGGCUCUUCGACAUUAUUGAUUGUCUGAUGUCU